GAAAGGAGAGAUCAGAGAAAGAACAGUACGUAAUCUUUUCAGCAAAAGAGAUGGAGACGAGGUUGGUGUGGCGCCAUCACGCCUAGAGAUCAUCCAUGUCGAUGUGGCCACCAUGGACAGAAACUUGUUCCUCCUGGUGUUUUCAUGAAUUGGUCGUCAGCUACCUGCCCCCCUGCAACCUUAAUGGAUUAACCCUUCAUGUCUACUCCACCUUCUACCUCGCUGAAAGCCCCACCCCAUCUGCAGUCUCUCUCUUCCUCACCUGAGCUCUUUUAAGCUCCUGUUGCCUGAGAAGCCAUCUCUAUUCGUAUCCAAUUCUCUCUCCACAGAUGAAGCUGAUGGCCAGAAGAGCCCAACUCCAGCAUCACCAGUGCCACCAGCACCUCUCCCUGAAAGCUCUCCAUCUCAGGAAAUACUACAAAUGGAUCCUCUGGUUAGCUCUGUUCAUCUACCUCUUCCUCACCACCACUCCCACCUCCUACUCUUUCUUGUUUCAUCCCCUCGACCUCAAACCUCUUCUCCCGGCCAAAACCAAUCCUCCGGGUCUCAUCCAGUCUCCGCAGCCGUCCUCUGCUGCGCUUCCUAAGAUAUAUGUAUAUGAGCUCCCUUCUCGGUACAACAAGGACUGGCUGUCGAACUCGCGGUGCGGCAGCCACCUGUUCGCCUCGGAGGUGGCGAUCCACGAGGCACUGCUCGGUUACCCCGGCCGCGCCGUCGACCCCAACGAGGCCGACUUCUUCUUCGUCCCCGUCUACGUCUCCUGCAACUUCAGCACCCCCAACGGCUUCCCCUCCCUCCACCACGCCCGCCCCCUUCUGUCCUCCGCGGUCGACUUCGUCUCCUCCCAUCUCCCCUUCUGGAACCGCUCCCACGGCCGCGACCACGUCUUCGUCGCCUCGCACGACUACGGCGCCUGCUUCCACGCCAUGGAAGAUGUGGCGAUCGCGGACGGGAUACCGGUGUUCAUGAAGAGGUCAAUCAUUUUGCAGACGUUCGGGGUGCGGCCGCCGCAUCCGUGCCAGCAAGCGGAUCACGUUCUGAUUCCUCCCUACGUGCCGCCGGACAUAGAAGAUGAGUGGCCGGCGCCAGAGAAGGCGAGGCGCGACAUUUUCGUCUUCUUCCGCGGCAAGAUGGAGGUCCAUCCCAAGAACGUCAGCGGCCGCUUCUAUAGCAAGAGGGUGAGGACGGAGAUAUGGCGGCGGUACAGCGGGAACCCGAGGUUCCGGUUGCAGAGGAAGCGGUCGGGGGACUACCGGGCGGAAAUGGCGCGGUCGGUGUUCUGCCUGUGCCCGCUGGGGUGGGCGCCGUGGAGCCCGCGGUUGGUGGAGGCGGUGGCGCUCGGCUGCGUGCCCGUCAUCGUCGCCGACGGGAUUCGGCUGCCAUUCCCGGAGUCGUUGCGGUGGCCAGAGAUAUCGCUGGCGGUGGCGGAGGCUGACGUCGGCCGCCUCGAGGCGACGCUCGACCACGUGACGGCGACAAACUUGUCGGUCAUCCAGAAGAACCUGUGGGACCCGGCGCGGCGGCGGGCGCUGCUCUUCCGCCGCCGCAUGGCGGAGGGCGACGCAACGUGGCACGUCCUCACGAAGCUCCAGGGGAUGAGCCUCCGUCGCUCGUCGGGCGAUGGCGAAGCUGUGAGAACCGACACGUGGAGGUAGCCGGUGGACCGCCGGUCGUACAGCGAGCGUCCCGAGGCUGUCGUGAGAUGAUUUGGCGACAUGUUAUUGGUUGGAGAUCCCAGUUGUCGUAAGAAGCCAAAUUUGGUGUA